AUGGCGUCCCGGAACCGCCCUCCCCAAGACUAUGAAAGUGAUGACGACUCUUACGGAGGGUUGGAUUUAACAGCGUACGCGAGAAGACGCCACUGGUGGAAUCGAUCGGGACCUAUGGUAGAAAAAUACUCGGUGGCCACCCAGAUGGCGAUGGGUGGCGUGACUGGCUGGUGCGCAGGGUUUUUAUUCCGGAAAGUCGGAAAACUUGCAGCGACGGCGGUAGGUGGCGGUUUCCUUCUCCUCCAGAUUGCCAGUCACAGUGGCUAUGUUCACAUCGACUGGAAGAGAGGUGAAAAAGAUGCAGACAAAGUAAAAAGACAAAUUAAGAAACGAGCAAAGAAAGCAGCACCUGAAGUCAACAGAGUCAUGGAGGAAGCAACAGAAUUUAUGGAACAGAACAUGGUGAUAUCCAGUGGAUUCGUGGGAGGGUUUUUGCUCGGCCUUGCGUCUUGA